UAGUAAAGAAACUCUGAAAUCAGACAACCAGCAUUUGUGCUCAAUUGAGGAAUCUGUAUCGAACUGAUUAAAAUUUUCUUCUCACAUGACAGUCAUUCAUGGGUUGCUGGGUGCUGGCUCAUUUGUGAUCUCACACUAUACUGCCUCUGCACAGUUUAUAUUUAUUUUAAACCACUGGUGUGCAAUACCACAAGACACUUCAGAUGAACAGACUUCAACAUAUCAGGGGUCAUAUGCUAGCAGACAAGAAUAUGAACAUAGCCACUACCCUGCCAAGCCCCCUCACAACUCAUGUGCUUAAUACAGCCCAAGGAGUUCCUGGAGCCAACAUGACCAUUAGCCUCCAUCGCCUAAACCCCAUUUCAUCCGAGUGGUACUUACUCACAACAGGGAUAACUAAUGACGAUGGACGGUGUCCUGGGUUAAUCACAAAAGAAAGCUUCAUUGCAGGUGUGUAUAAAAUGCAUUUUGAGACUGGAAAAUACUGGGAUGCCUUGGGGGAGACAUGCUUCUAUCCAUAUGUUGAGGUCAUCUUCACCAUUAGUGACCCUUCACAGAAGUACCAUGUUCCUCUGCUUCUGAGCCGUUUCUCUUAUAGUACAUACAGAGGAAGUUAGACGUAAAGUUCAUGCAUCUUUCAGUGCCUGCACAAGGAAAAUAAUGAAGAAAAUAAUGUUUUCUCUACUGUUGUAACACUUCAUAAUAGUGUUCAGUUUUGUUGAAAAGGAGUUAAUCGUUUACUAAACAUUUAAUACACAUUUCUAGAUGAUUAAAAUGUGUUAAUUUUA